AUGGUCUACUCGAAGCCCGCCGGUAAGAAAAGAGACAAGAUGGAUCGCCUCAAGAUGCGAAACCAGCUUCGCAACAUGGUUCGUCAGGGUGGUUUUACACCCAGCGAUCUACCUGAGGUUGUUGUCGAGGACAGCGAUUAUGACAAGGAGCCUGGAGGUGCCCGCCUUGACGCUGCCCCUUACAACAUUGACUUGAAAAAGGACAAGAACCGGGGCCAGGGUGAGAAGAAGACUUCCUCUGUUCUUAACCCUUCAUCUUCCCCUUGGAUCCCUACUGCCAAUAGCGCUCAUUACGAGGCCAGUAAAAUCAACCAUUCUGAAGUUGCUGAACUUGACGGUACUCCGCAGUUCAACAUCAGCAGCAAAACUCAUCCGGUUGGCAACGCGACUUCCCAGAGCGGCCAUCACCAUCGUGGACAAGGCGUACAGCCUCAGAGCCAAUACACUUCUGCUGUCAAGGAUCGUGUCAAGGACGGAAGUCACAACAAUCAGUCUACGAUGAACGAUUCCCAGUUUGUCUCCGCUGGCCCCGAGCAGAUCCAGCCCAUUCCCAUGAUGGCUGCCUAUGGCCAGCUCAGUGGCAGCGCCUCCAUGGGUAACCUCGAUAGUCUUAUCACUGCACACCAGAACAACAAUGACCUCCAGUACAGUCAGGGAGGCAACGAAGCCGCCAAUAAGUGCGACAUCGCCAGUCCGGGUAGCGACAAAUUCAAGGUGCAGAACGCCAACUGCCUUAUGACAGAGCCUCGUAACUUCGCCCCGCGUACCACGCCCAAUCUUGCUCGACUCGGAGCUCCUCCAAAAUUCAACUUGGAGAGCGUCAGAAAUGGUAACGAAAUUUCUGCGGUGGAUGCCCAGGACCCAUUCAUUGUUCCUAACUCGCAGGGAGGUGCCGUUCAGCAGCCGUUCCUUGGUUCGCAGAUCGACACCACCCAUCUGCUGGCGAAUGGACAGGUCCCGCUCCCUAUUCUCACGGGCGAGGCCCUGAAAUUUGAUGAUAUUCUUCGCGACAGCAGUGCACAGUCUACUCAAAACGGCGCACAGGUCAGUCAGAUUCCGCAAGUCUAUAUCGGUAGCGGAGGCCUUGUCGUGACUGCCCAUACCGCCCAGAAUAUGAUCAAUCAGGAUUUGGCCACUCAGGGGGUGUCUGCUCACGGCGUUGUUGCUCAGAGCAUCCCUUUCCAGCACAUCGUUGACAACAGUGCUCUCGCAAGCACACGGGCGGGAACCUACCAGCCUUUCGCUGGAAACAACGCGGCGCUCGUCCCCUACCAGGUUGGCUAUCCACCUCAGAGCCCCGUUGCUCUCUACGGUGCUCCCAUUCCCGACUACAUCCGCGCUCAGCGAUCGUUGGAGUUGAACAGACUUACGGCUGGCGCUACGGGUCUUCCAGCUGCCCAAGUUGCUUUGCACGAGGCCAACUUUCCCUUUGUUGAGCCUGCCACCCGUCCUGCCCACUUUGCGAUUCCAUUCAUUACCAACCGGGCCGAGAUCAUUGCCGUCCUUGGCCGGAACUCCCGCAUUCUCAAUGACAAGGAGGAACCUGUCCAUAUCAUCAUGGAGCGCAUUACUGGCAAGACGACCGAUGCGUAUGUGGAGUUCCAGACCCUGGAGGAUGCUUCAAAGGCUGUCGAGAAGUACCAGCAGAACAUUGGCCGUGGUCGUAUGACUCGCAUCGGCCAGCGGCCGGUUGACAUUGAGCUAUCGAGCGAGGCCGCUCUCAUGAAGGACUUGUUCCCGUCUGCCAAGGGUGUCUUCUGGACUGGUACUAACCCUCAAAUUCUCCCCAACAACGACCAAGAGCCCUGGGACAAUUUCAAGGGCUUCGUCUCCAACGAGGAGAUGACGAUGCUUGUGAAGCACGUAGAGGUCCCACAUCGAUCCCCUUUCUCUAAGGAAUGCCCUCAGCGACCUUUUGAGUGUCUCAUCAGUACCCUCACCAAGUUCCCUUGGCACAUGAAGGCGAAUGUCACUGUUCAGCAGCGCUACGCGAUCCACAAGGCGACCUGUGAUCUCGUCCGAAUUCUGGUGAACAGCAUUCAGGACAAGCGCGACGAGCUCAAUCUCACUCAUCGCCUGCUCAAGCGGCUCGUCAUCGCUGCGAUGCGCUGCGAGGGCUUCUCGGCUCUUCAGAAAGACGACAUUGCCUACCUUGUUGGUAUGGAUGAGAUGGAGCAGCGCGCCUUUGGUCAGCCGCGCUUUGCCGAGGCAUGGCGCCACCUCUAUGUGCUGGUUCCCAAGACGGGCAUCCCCUUGGACGUGAUUGAGUGGUACAUUGCCAUCGUUCGCGGGGAGACUGUCCGCUUUCUUGAGACGCAGUCGUUCCAGGACAAGGUUCAGACCCGCGCCGUCGGCAACGAGACGGACGCGUACUUUGGUUUCUUCUGGCGCGAGUUGAAUCACCCCGCGGGCCCCAGCUUCGACGAAAUGACCCUGUCACAGCUGGCCAUGCGCGAGUAUCAGACGUUGGAGUCAAUCAUCCGUCGCGCGCUGACUCCCACUUAUGUUUAG